CUCUCACUCGCUAAUUGCGCUGUAGCUGAGUGCAAUUUAAGCGCCGGAUUGCGGUUUCUACCGCCUAUCCACAGUUCGGAACUUCUAUCAUCACUCUAACAUCUAGAAUGGCCCGCCGAGACAGUUCUUUUUGCGAUUCUAACCUUGUGAUCAACAUAUCAAGCCAUUACAUUUUACCGCCCGAGGUUCCGUGCAUGAUUUGAACAUUACGAAUGGCUCUCCUUACACGGCUACUGCCAUGCUGUUCCUCCCAUGGCGCACCUGGGCUGUCUUGUUUCCACUUGUGAAACUUGUACCGUUGGUUGCUUCUCAAGUAACGCAGGUAACCUGCAACGCGUCCAUUGACUCCAAUUGGUCAUACAAUUCCCUUAAUCAAAGUUCCUGCGUUGUUGCGUCAUAUCUCGGAGGCGUAUGCAACUCUGGGAAUUUUACUGUCACUCCUUUGAGCGAGGGAGACCUCUACGCUGGUCCCACUCUUGCACAGGCCAAUAGCUGUCGAUGCAGCUCUGUGUUCUAUUCUUUGAUCAGCGCCUGUGCGCUUUGUCAAGGGCGCAUAUAUGAAAGGUGGUCUCUUUUUCAUACCAACUGCACCGAGAAUCUAAAUAUUCCAGUCGGAAAAUUUAACGAUGCUAUACCUGCACAAACGGCGGUUCCGCAUUGGGCGUAUCAAAAUGUCUCAGUGACUGAUACUUUUGAUGAACAAGAGGCUAGGUCAGAUUCAGAUGCUCCUGAGUCUACCGCCCAGCCUACCUCUACAUCAACAUCAACAUUCCCGUCUGCAUCCUCCGGCGUAACAUCCCAGAAACGUACAAACGUUGGCGCCAUUGUUGGAGGUGUCAUUGGAGGGGUUGCUCUUAUAGCUUUACUUGGAUUAGGUAUAUGGUUCAUACGGCUGCGCUUCAGAUCGAACCAUGAAUCGGAGCCCAUUCUCGCUGCUGAUAUGGACACUCAUCCCCGCAACUUUAUCACCUUACCUGUAGGCCAAGCCGCUCCGAAGCUAUAUGAUCCUUCUGAUCCGAGCACUUAUCCUAUAUCUUCGCCAUCUCCCGUGUCUUCUGCGAACACACAUACAUAUGGAACACAUCAAACCGUGGCAUCCGCUUACUCCGGACUUGCUCUCCCCUCCAAUCGUACGUAUUCUGGUGUUCCCGAGCUGUGAUUCCAUCGCGUUCCAUGAUCUUUACCACUUGCUUGUCGUGUGUAAUGAUAUAUUCCCCUGAUUUUUCUCAUGAUCCACCGGGCGCUUCAACCUACUUCUAUGAUUCCGCUCC